AUGGAGGGGAGCGGGGGCAGCCAGAGCCAGCUGACCCAUCCCGCCGUGGACGUCAACGAGGCAGCCCUGGCCGUCACCAAGAGAGAGCGCAAGAGAAGCAGGUACCUCUCCCCUCCCUACACCGACACAGGUGUCCAAGAAAAGAAGGCCGCCGGCAGCCGGAAGCAGCGAGAGGAGGAGGAGGAGGAGGGGCCGCCCCAUGUCUCCGCCUCGGAGGUGCUCUCUGCUCUCCGAGCCACCGCGCUCGGGCAGGGGGAGGAGAUGGAUGCAGCGGCCCGUUUUCUGGCCAUGUAUAGCAGGAACAGGAACAGCAUCUUCGUCGACGAUGGCUCACAAGACGAUGGUGGCGACAAGCCUCCAUCAGCUGCUGGUGUUGGCCGCAAGAUGCUCAACCUCAAUGCAGGCCUUGAAGAUGGAUCCUUGGCCAAGAUGAAGAAGAAGAACCCCAACCCCAAGAAUCCCCAUCCUCCUGCUGCUGUUGCUGCUGCAGGUGCCAAUGCCAAGCAACAAAAGGAUGAUGGCACCAUGGAGAAUGCUGCAGUGCCUGAACAUGCUAUCGCUACUCAUGGGGCUUCCCAAUCGGCUGGUUUUGCUGCUGCUGCUGCUGCAACGCAUGGGCAUCCCAAUCCUCAUGUGGUAACAACAGCAACACCCCCCAUCAACACUAACAAUGAGAAGAAGAGGAAGAUGAACAAGAAAAGGACGAUGAAGACAGCUGGGCAGCACAGCUAUGUCGGGAAUCCCGUGGCACUUGUGCUGGACUUCGCAGAGGGAACUCCCCUGCCCUCCAGAGAGGACCUCCUCUCCACAUUCAGCAGGUUUGGCUCUGUGAUCGACUCCGAGACCACCAUCAGCCAAGACAAGCACACCGCGCAAGUGGCGUUCGCCACCAGGGUUCAAGCAGCGACUGCCUUGAGCUGCGCCGUAACUCUUGGCGCUGCAUUUGGACCUCCAUUUGCAGUAGCAAGCCUCCAGGACCUCCCUCCCAUCACGCUCAACACGCCUCCUCUGCCUCUUCCAAAGCUCCCUCUCACAGAUAUUAGGAACAAUCUUGGGAAGAUGAUCUUGUCCUUGUCGUCUAAAGCCACAGCGGCACCUCAAGAAGCAAAUGCAAAGACAGCCGUGGACAGUCUCAGUCUUGUGGGAGAAAUGCAACGUCUUCUUGCCAAGGUUGACAAGGUGCUGCAGGUGCAGGGUGCUUCUGCUACAGCUCAUCACGCUUAG